AUGUCUCGUCAGCUUAUCUCCAGCGAAAAGUUCCCUACCAAGCCUCACAACUGCCCUGCUGUCAAGGUCCCCGGUCUCGUUUUCUGUGCAGGCCAAACUGCUACGGGAGAGAUUAAGCAAGCCACUAGAACCGUUCUACAAAACCUAAAGGAAGUUCUCGAGCUUUCUGGCUCUUCCCUUGAGCAGGUUGUCAAGUACAAUGUCUACCUCGCAGAUAUGAAGGACUUUGCCGCCAUGAACGAGGCUUACAUCGAUUUCCUCCCCCAGCCUAUGCCCUCCCGUUCAUGCCUUCAAGCUGUGGCUCCUGGAAAUGGAACCGUGAUCGAGAUUGAAUGUAUUGCACAGGCUUAG